GUUAUCGUAUAUUAAAGUGACGCAAAACCGCUACUCGGCUUUAGGAAGUUGUAUUUUGGUGUGCAAUGGCGCCCAAAGGUAAAACCGAUGCAGCCGCCGCCGCUGACAAUGGCAGAAAAAGAAGACGCUAUCUUCCUCAUAACAAAGCAGUGAAGAAGGGUUCGUAUCCUCUGCGGCCUGGCGUGCAAGGCUUUUUCAUCACUUGCGACGGCGGAAGGGAACACCAAGCCUCUCGAGAAGCUCUCAAUAUUCUUGAUUCUUUUUAUGAAGAGCUAGUUGGCGGGGAACAUUCAAGUGUAAAGGAAUUACCCAGCAAACCCUUAAAUAAAAAAAUCACGUUUGCAGAUUCUGACUCUUCCAGUAGUGAGGAUGAUGAUGAUGAUGAUAAUGUUGAGGAGGAGCAGCAGGAGGGGGAUGAGGCAAAGGCCGACAAAAAGCCCAAAUUGGAUACUUUUAAUGAUGACAAUGUUGGUCUUGAUGGUGGAGCUGGUGGAGAAUCAGAUCCUUGUAAAGUUGAUGAACCACACACUCAGGCAUUAGAUAAACAUAGUGAGGGUAAAGGAGACAUUGAUAAUAUUAAGACUACAGAAGUGAUAGCUGAUGAACUACCAGCUGUGAAAGAGUGCAGCAAAACAAACGUGGAAGAGAAGUCUAUUGAUAAGUUAAUUGAAGAAGAAUUGAAAGAAUUGGGAGACAAGAAUAAGAGACGGUUUGUCAAGCUUGAUUCUGGUUGUAAUGGUGUGGUAUUUGUUCAAAUGAGGAAGAAAGAUGGAGAUAGAAGCCCCAAGGAUAUAGUUCAUCGGAUAGUGACAUCAGCAGCAUCAACAAGGAAACAUAUGUCUAGGUUUAUUUUGAGAAUUUUGCCAAUUGAAGUCUCAUGUUACGCUUCAAAGGAGGAAAUUUCAAAAGCAAUGAAGCCUCUUGUGGAACAGUACUUCCCCGUGGAAACUCAAAAUCCACACAAGUUUGCUGUACUGUAUGAGGCUCGGGCGAAUACGGGUGUGGACAGGAUGGAAAUCAUUGAUGCUGUGGCAAAGUCAGUUCCUGGACCCCAUAAAGUUGAUCUAAAAAAUCCUGACAAAACAAUAGUAGUUGAAAUUGCUAAGACUGUGUGCUUGAUCGGGGUCAUUGAGAAAUACAAGGAGUUUUCCAAGUACAAUCUGAGGCAGUUAACAUCAUAAAUACUGAGUCUUCUAGUACCUCAUGUGUUUGUUCCUAUUGCAGCAUUAUAAUUGUUUAUCAUAUUUUGACUCACCCUUUUAACUUAUGCUUUCUGGUUCAGUCAUCGUUGUUACUUUUGUCAUUUUGCCAGAGUGUUAAGAUGAAUCUUGCCGCUAGUUUUCGACUACUUAGUGUUAAAAGUUUUCGACUGCUUAGUGUUAAAA